GUAUAUUUUUGACAAGGCGCGGCAACAGCUACGCAAACUGAGCAGGCAAUUUCAUCGGUGAUCAUUGUAUUGACAAAUUAUGUAUAAUAGAAAGACCACUCCUUUAAUGCCAAUAUUUAACCACAAGAAACGAACGCGUGAGGCCCUCAUUGCUGAACCAGGUGAACAUGCAGCGUCCUUCACCUAUACUCAACCUGUCCAUGGAGAUUCAAAUAAUGAUACAUCACAGUAUAUGGAAUGCAGGACUGGACGUCAAAUGUAUCAGAGUACACCAGAUUCCUUCGAUAGUAAAACAUGGGGAAAAGAUGAAAGUUUUCGUGGACAACAACAGAAUUCAGGAACAUGGGGGAAUGAUCCGAGUUUCCGAGGACACCGACAACAGAAUUCAGGAACAUGGGGGAAUGAUCCGAUCUUCCAUGGACAACAGAAUUCAGGAACAUGGGGAAAUGAUGAAAGUUUCCGUGGACAACAGAAUUCAGGAACAUGGGGGAAUGAUCCGAUCUUCCAUGGACAACAGAAUUCAGGAACAUGGGGAAAUGAUCCAAGUUUCCAUGGACAACAACAGAAUUCAGGAAAUCACAGCAAUUCAAGAUUUCAGCAACAUCAGUCAAGUGGAGCUAUACCACAGAGAGGAGGGGACAGCAACCUCAAUCAACAUUCCCUCCGCCAAAGCAGAAAUACACAAAGACCAAGCAUGGAGUUGAUACCGCCAAACCCUCCCAACCCCAAAUCAGCCAGAUACUCCCUAAACCAACAGUCAGCAGAUGCAGGGAACAACUAUAAGAGACCGUUAGGGAUGAGCCAGGGGCGGGGCACAGUGAACAGAGGAGAGCGUGUUCAACAAAACACCUACAGCACCAGUGGGCGGGGUAGGGGGAACCUUAAUUUCAAGAAUACUCCAUCUGCAAACGUUUCUAGGAGCAGCUCCGGUGGAAGGAUGUAUCAGAACAGAGACCAGACAUCUUGGGGGCAUGGAGAUGAAUGGAACAGAGGUGGGAGUCACGGUGAUUACAGGGAGAGAACAGGGCGUAUGGAUUCACAGGUUUACGAUGGAGAUGAGAGUUCAUACCAGAGAGUUGAUAGUGGCUGGGUACAUCCUGAUGUUGGUGCCAGCGGAAGUGUCACUAAUAUGGACAGGAGAUAUGCACCUAUUGUUUCUUCAUUUCAGAUCCCCAGUGCGUCUGGAGAUGGUAGUGUACCAGAUAGUAUACCAGACAGAGACACAUGGUAUCAGUCGGUGUGGGCCCAACAGCAGCAGGGCAAUCAAGCAGAGCCUCUAAAAGUCAACAAGCCCAGCAAAACUGAGACAAAGCCAGUCCAAAAGCCAGCAUUGGACAGAUCACUACGAAUAGUGGCCACAGACCUGGGUGGAAUCAAGAACUGGGAUCACCUGAGAGGAUCGCUUUCAUUUCUGUUUGAGAUAUUUGUACAAGUGAAUUCAGCUACUAGUAAAAUACCAGAGACUGAUGCCAAGAAGUUCUGUAUAAAGGAGGAUAGUGUCACUAUGGACUGCAUCUUCUAUGAAAUUGACCAUUCUUUACCCAAACUCACCAGAGGAAAGAUAUACAGAAUAAUUGGAUCCUAUGAUAGUAAUCAAGAUUGGAUUAAGUGUUCAUCUAUUCGUGAGGCUACACAGAGCGAACAUGCCGCUCACCAGAAAAAUGUCCAAAUUUGUGCCCAGUAUAAACUGAAGCUUUCCAGUGUUGUUAGAGAGCAGUAAGCCUCGCUAUGGUUCAGAGUAAACUUCAACAAUUGCAUGUACACAAAAGAUUAUUUUCCGUCUGAAAACGAUGUAUGGCAUAUUUGUAGAAUGACAGAAAAAUGGGCAUUUGUGACCUGUCAGAUGUUAUGUUGAAAUAUUCUAAAGGUGCUAGUUGAGCAAUGAAUCUUUAAACGUGUAGGAAUAACUAUUCACUGAUACCACUUACAAUGUAUAUAUAGACUUGCAUAUUUUGUUGGAUGAUAAUAAUUAAAACAUGUUUGGUUUCAUAUAGUGUGAUUGCAUAUAAACGUGAAUGGACACAGAACUUUCAUGCAAACAUUUAUGUCUGUUUUGUUAAAGAAUUGUAAAAUAUACAUGUAAAGUUACAUAUUCCUGUGUUUUUAGAUUUUGCACACCAGAGCCUUUCUACAAGUUUACCUGAGACAAAGGUUUAAGCGAGGUUUUCUGAUUGAAAUUAUUCUGUCAUUGUUCAUUGUUUAUCAUAGUGUAAAAGUGGGGUUUUUUUCCCUCCAAAAACAGGAGUAUUCAUUUUUAGCAAGCAUUAGUACAAAUCAUCACCCAGGAUCUUUUAAAAUAUUUCCAGUUUCAAGGAAAUAUUUUUUUUCAAAAUAGCACAUGUAACAUCUUGUUACUGUUAGAUGUUACUGUUUUUGUAUAUUUUUGGGCCAUUAUCAGUGUUUAAAACUAUCUUCCUUUAUUUAUAAACAAUGUUACUCAGGUGAGCAUUAUUGCCUAUUAGUCUUUUUUUAUGUUAUGUUUUGUAUAACGUUAGCUGUUAAGCAUAUCUCUGUUAUUAAAAUAUAAAGGAAAA